UGAAAAGCGAUUGAUGGGUCAUCCUCUUUUUUUUUUUUUGUCGUAACAGGUAUAUAAAGAUGUUGGAGGCAGAUGGAAUCGAGCGGGGUCCAGGUGCUACGCCUGAGGACUUCGUCAAGGCUAUAGAAAAGAGGGAGUUGGCACGCCUACAAGUGUUGAAGGUUGACAUCUUCCAGUUUAAGGGAGAAAGGGUGUCCGAAUGGUUAGAGAUGUUUGAACAGGUGACGAGCGAGGCAUCUGAGGCGGAGAAGUUCAAACUGCUGCCCAAAUACAUUUCGUGGGAGAUCCGCCUUGAAAUUAUGAAGGUGGCUGCUGGGGCAGCUGGAGUUUGGAAGAGUUUCAAAGAUGAGAUGCAGAGGCGCUUCAAGCUGGUAGAUGGCCUACUAACAAAGGCAGAUUUAAAAAUGCUGCAAAGAGACGAUUUCACCACGGUGGGUGCGUUCGCAACGGCUUUUGAGAAGAUGGCGAGGAAGGUCCCUGGGAUGGCGGAGGAAGAGCAGUGUGCAACCUUCCUAGGACACUUCACGAAUUGGGAAGCCUCCGCGCUAACUAAGAAGGGAGCGCUAGGGAAGAAAUUGACAUGGGCAGUGAUAAAGAAAAGCGUAAUAGACGGGGAACUAGACCAGAUGGACAUUUUUCAGAUGCGGCAAGCCAGGAAAAAGAGAAAGGCUUUGGAUGCCACAACGAGUGAUGGGCAGGAUUUUAAGAGGAUGGUAGAGGAUGCAGUGGCCCAACUCGAUGCGGCAAAGGAGGCUAAUGUUGCAAAGAGGGCUACGGUAGUAACACCGGUCCAAAGCGAAGCAAAGAAGACAGUGGUAAUAGAGGAAGAAGAAGAAGUUACCGUAGCACCGGUCCAAAGCGAAGCAAAGAAGACAGUGNGAAGACAGUGGAUCUUCAUAAAAGGGUUUGCGGCAAAGACCGAGCAGCUGCGGAAGCUCGUACGCCAAGGUCAAGAUUGGGAAUGGGAAGACAAACAGGAGUCAGUAAUCGAGGGUUUGAAGGAAGAGUUUGAGGAAGGGGGUCUAGUACUGGGGGUACCAGACCAUACGGCUGUGAUAAUCAGACCUUUUAUCGUAGAAACGGACGCGGGGCCGGCUGCCCUGGGAGGUGUACUGAUCCAACAAGACCUCAAUGGAGAAGAACGGCCUUUAAGGUUUGAGAGUCGAACGCUUAACACAACUGAGAAAAAUUACUCCCAGUUUAAGCGCGAGACCUUGGCAGUUCUUCACUGCUUGAGGAUUUUCAGAAACUACCUUUUCGGAAGUAGGUUUGUGUUGAGGGUGGACCCAACUGCUCUAGCUGGUUCCCUUAAGAAUUUCGCUCCUUCGGAUCCGACCAUUGCCAGGUGGUUGACGUACAUCUGGAUGUUUGACUUCGAGUUGGAGCGUAUUCCAGGGAACAAGAAUAAGGCAGAUGGGUUAAGUCGCGUCGACUGGGACAAGGGUAACAAAGGGGUAGUCGAGGAUACUCCUCCGGUCGACGGUUCCCUGGACAAGGAAGAGGACGUUAAACUCAACAUUAACUCCUGGUCAUUGGCUAUAGGUAACUAUGUUUCUCCUGGACGACCUAUAUGGAUCGCACCUCCGGGACAUGUACGGCGACCAGAUAUAAUCCUGAAGCCCUAUGUUGAGGAAGAUUCUUGGGGAAUGCCAGGAGUGGAGUGGAUGAUGGAUUUGGCCUUGGCAGAUAAGUACCACAUGCGGGAAGAUCUGGUCACACUGGAGAACGGACCCCAACAGGUAGAAAAGCAUGAACGAUUGAUAGGUGGAACGUACAUGCUGGCAAACUCGUUGCUUCAAGAAGAGGUUGCUAGGAUUGAAGGAGAGAGGCAAGAUAGAGAGGAGAAUGUGGUCCACGAAGGCGAAGACGAUGACUUUGAAGACGGGAGGCCUAGGGAGCAUCAUCAGGAGAUGGGAGUCAAGCUGGUCUCGACAGACUUGCUUAGCUUGAAGGGCCUCAUGAAGGGGGGUUUUGCGGCAGCCAAGACCUCAGAUCAGAAGGUUGGAGAGAGGCUGACGAAGGUGGCACAAAAGGUCUAUGGCCAGAGGGUGGACUGGGAGAAAGAGGUGGACGCCCUGAAGAAGGAGCUGGAAAGGCAGAGUAAGGAAAUGGAAGCAGUGAAGGCAGAAAUGGCAAAGCUCUGGGCAGGCAACGAGGCCAUCAGACACGUCAAUCAGACCCUCAACAAGGUCAAUGAUGCUCCGAGGGCCUAUCUACAGGCACAACAGGUUUCCUUUCAAACGAAGGAAGCUGAGUGGGAGAAGAGGAUAAAAGACCUUGAGGCUAGAUGUGCACAGCAGGCUCCUACUGCAGCGGUGGAUUGGACAGAGGUCCAAGGGUUUGAGAUCAAGAGUCGACCUGCUGAAGAAACCUUCAAGUGCAAAAAGGAAGAAGAGAAGGCGAACCAACAGAAAAAUGAGGAGAUCCCCCUGUUAGACAAGAAGAUGCUGCAGCCGGAGGAGAUACCCACAAGGAAGGAGGCAGAGAGCGAUGAGUUAGAGUGGCAAAUGCCCGCUAUUUUGACACUUGAGCAGGUACAGAAGACUGAGAGUGCGACGCGGCAAGCAGGAAUCACUGGAGAUAAGGACGCUCCUCCUACCACUCAGGGAGAGGCUACAGGAGUGCAGGAGGCUCAGGAGAGUGUAGGGCAGGUCAUGGCUGAGGUUGAGGUGAGAGAGGGUCUGAAGGAUUGUCAGGAGUCGACCACACCUCAGGGUAUGCCUCUUGUUAUAGGACUGGAGGAGGCAUUGGGACCUUGGGCUAUUGGUUCUGGGCCAGAGACACGAGGAGGUAAGCAGUUGGCACAGACAGACGACAGAGCGGUCUGUCCUACUCCUUCAGAGGCUCCUCAGCAGGAGGUCACGAGUGAAGCCACAGCAAGAGGGGCAGGCAUCGAUCUGACGACUGACGCAAAAGAAGACUGGCAAGUGCUUCUACUGCAAGAGGGGCAGGCAUCGAUCUGACGACUGCCCCAAGAGCCUCAAAG